GAGUUGCUAAAAGAAAAAAAUAUGAAGUCCUUUGUGCAAUUAUUUUUGUUAUUAUCCAUGAUUUUAGCCGGUCUAUUGGUAUCCGACGGUUUGUGUCAGAUCGUGCGCCGUCCGGUCAACGCGGACGUAGAGAUGGGUGAUUUGUUGAGAUUCCCUCACUUUCUUAAGGAAAAAGUAGAGUCGAAGUUAAAGGCUAAUAAUAUAUGUAUCGAAGGAAUAAAUGUGUGCAAAAUACAAGACAUGAAAAUCCGUCAUCGUGCGGUAAAUUUGAUGUUAGAACAAGUAGCCGAGGAAGUGACAAAUCUGUUGGAUUGGUUUACCGACAUGGUUAUCCAGAUGGUUGGGUUAAUAGACAACUCUAAUUCAUUGGAAAAACUUCUGGACGACAUCCAAUCGACGGUGUUUAAUCUGAACCGAUGCCUAGAAUAUCUGUACAACUACCGAGUCAACGUCACUCAAGCCCUAGACAGGUAUCUGUUUCUCAGUGAUAUCAUCUUCGUAUACCGAGCCGUUCCCGACACCGACACCAACACUGACACGCCCAGACACAAUUUUCAAAAACGAAAAAUAUUGGACUUGAUUAAGUGGAAGACGAAAAAUGAACGGCUUCCGACCGGUGCUAGGGUCGGACCUCAAAAAUCGUGUUCCAAUAUGUUGGUCGAAGCUAAAACGAAAAUUUCCAGAUUCACAAAAUUCUACAACCGUCGUUAUGGCUUCGGCUGGUUGUACGCCGACCAACUCAAGUGGAAGGCCCCGAUGGAAUCCGUGACGGUUCAGCACUUGGUGUCUCCGGUGAGUGGCAAAAGUUUGCGGAAGAGAUACGACGAAACGGCAGCCGAGGUGGACUCGACCAAAGUCAUAGUGUUUUACGCAGAAGUCGCCGAAACGAUUGCCGUCCGUGUAGCUCAAAAGUCGUUUGCCGUUUAUUCGCUUUUUGUCGACUACUUGCUAGCAAUGAUGCACAGAGGUUCGCCGAACGAUGCGAUCAGACACGAACGUUUGAGCGCCGUUUUUGUAGUCUUACACCGACAGUUGAACAUCUUGAAAUCCUACCAACACACCAUGAUAUCCGUGCGUCGGUUAGAAUGUCCGGUGGAAUUGUUACUUACCGCCAUUGCGGAUUUCGAUUGUGUCAUUGAACGGGGCGGAGCCGUUCUGAAAUAUAGAGUGUGGGAACGGGAUUUAUGGACGGUCAUGAAAAGUGUAAAUCCGCGCUUCCUAAAACCCUCGAAUGCGCCAGACCCAGCAGAGAUGCAGCCCGACAUUGCCGCUACUGAAAAUCCAACGACCGAAAAACUGGGAAAAAUCAUAGAAGACAUGAAAGCGAUUUCGUCGGAAACAUCAGAUAUAAGUGAUAUGAUAAAAUACGAAUAUUAUUAG